CUUGUCUCGUGUAGAUGAGGUCACUGGUCUUCUUUCCUCAUGGAGCCGACCUUCUUCCUUUUUCUUUAAAUUAGUCCCUGCGCCGCAGUCUUGUGAAAUCCUUCACUACACGCAGCCUGCCCCCUCUGCUCUCGAAUUGCUCUUCGUCUAUACCUGCCAAACAAGCGUGGAGCUAUCGCCAAUCCCACCAACACCCACGCCGACUCCUCCUCCUCCUCGAUUUUCGCAUUGAUUAUUUGCCAGCUACGGGCAGCAAGACGUAGCCCGUCAUGGGCUCUUCAUACGGUCGGCCGGAUUUACCGCCGCAGCAGAUAUACCCCCCUCCACAACCUCCGCAACUACAUUCAAGCAUGCCGCCGCCCCAACAGACCUAUCAGCACCACCAACAGUCCCAGCAUGGCCAUCCGGCACACCCGCACAACGACCACAGGCAAACACAACACCAAACGCUGCCCAAUAUCCACGGAAUGCAUUCUUCCAUGGAUCAGGCUCCCCACUCUCGUCAUCCUCCGCCCCCUCAUCCUCAUACGAUGCCGCACCAUCUUCCCAACGCACACCCCCAGAUGCAUCUCCCAAGUCACCACAGCAAUAUCGACUCAGUAGGAGGCCCUCCCCCUGGGCAUAACGCAGGACCUGUCAGCCACGAGCAGGGUGCUCGAGUAAGUGGCAGCUCUCUGGCUAGAUUCUCCAAAGUGGACGAAGCUGCCGGCCGCAAGUACAUUCUCGAGGUGGUUCAACAGCCAAAACGUGCGCGCAUGUGUGGCUUCGGUGACAAGGAUCGACGGCCAAUUACACCACCGCCCUGUGUGAGACUUGUGAUUUUAGAUAUCAAGACGGGAAAGGAAGUGGAUAUUAGCGAUCUCGAUCCGCUCACCUUUGUUCUGAAUGUUGAUUUGUGGGAUGAAGCUGGAUCACGCGAGGUGAACCUUGUGCGAUCUGCCACGGGCGGCAGCGGUCCCUCGGCACAUAAUAGUGGUUCAAACCUGCAAACAUAUUCAUAUGGACCUACGAAUAGUACGGAAAUGAGCCAUGGACAGUAUCAGCCUCAACAUCCUCUUUCUCCGUCGCGAGAGGGAGGCUACAAUCCUCCACCACAAGUUGCGUACCCCGCAGAUUAUCCUCUUCAAAGCGCCUACACUCAACCAUCACCGCAAUAUAACAACCCAGCAUAUCCGUCUGGGCCCGGUUAUUAUCCCCAGGCUCAAUAUCGCCAGGACUCUGGCCCGGCGCCGUCUUAUAGCCGAGCAGGCUCAGCAGCUCCGUCAAAUUAUCCCACAUACAGUUCCUCAGCCAGAUCAUCGCUAUUGUCUAGCCAGCCACAGGGCAUGUCAUCAAGAAACUUGAUCGGAAGCGUUGCCGUUUCAGCUUUCCGGCUUGCAGACACGGAAAACCGGAUAGGUAUAUGGUUCGUUCUCCAAGACCUGAGUGUUCGUGUUGAAGGUCCUUUCAGGCUUCGCUUUUCUGCAGUUAACGUGGCCCGAACCAACAAGACACCAAGGGAUGGAAGCAACCCACAAGUCAACACUGGGCGAGUACCACUCUUGGCCUCAGGUUUCAGUGAUGUGUUUACUGUCUAUUCUGCGAAAAAGUUCCCUGGUGUUUGUGAAAGCACACCACUAAGCAAGCGAUUCGCGGUACAAGGUGUCAAAAUCCCUAUUCGAAAGGAUGGUGCCUCUAAGGGAGAGGAUGAUGAUUAUUAUGGAGAAUAGGACACUGUUCUAUUUAUGAUUUGGAUUUACUGGCGGCAGCCUGUUUCAUUUUAUGCGUAUACCCCCAAAGCAGAGCAUCCCUUGACUGCUGACGCUACCACAGCUAGCGAGGAUGACUCGGCAGCCCAUCCAGGCUCCUGUUUAUUAUUAGAUAACUUGCUUCAAUGGAGAUGUAUAAACCAGCGAAAUAAAUUUUACUUUAACUCGUUGAAAAUGCCACCGUCAAAAACCAGCCGAGUCUGGUCUGCUAUGAUGUGGUCCCGUCGUUGGUGAUAAGUUGGCGCCUACGGUCACACGGGCGCCUUGGCGGGACGGCGCUAACGGUGCUUGUCGCAUA